AUGGAGAGACGCGAGCGCGAGAUCGCCGCGGGGUCCCUCUCGCGUAGUGAUGAGGAGGUCGUGAACAAGGAUCCGGAGUACGACGCGGCCGCGGCGCGCGAAUUCGCGCGGCAGCACGAGGCGUACGGAUCGCAUCGGUGGUCGCUGUUGUCGGAGGAGGACAAGGCGUUCGCGACCGAGAGAGGAUUCGACGUCGUGAUUCGCGACGUCGGCAUCGGAGGGCUGCGAUAUAAAAACCAGGUGAAGUGUUUGCAUUUGCACUACGCGCAUUGGCUCGUUACCAGGGAUAACAUCGUCGGGGGGUGGGUGCACGACGAGCUGAUGAAGCGCGCGGCGGCGACGAGAGGGACGACGACCGGCGGUUGAAAAGCUCAGUCGUAAUUUAAAACAGCGUCUGGUCGUAGCGAUAACGUCUUACUACCUUCGUAGCUAGCUAGGCGUCUCGUCGCGCCUCUUCCGGGUAGGACGCCCCCAGUGACGGAUCCAAGUCCACGCCGGCGGCUCGCAACUUCCCCGCGAGGUACGCCCGGCGCUGCGCCCUGCCCUCGAGCGCCUCCCACUCGAAGAACGGCACGCACGCCAGCCCCCGGUGCCGCCGCGACAGAAACGCGUCCCUGAGCUUCCGUGCUCGGCGACCUCCGCCGCUCCCCGGGUCCGUGAUCGCCGGGUCCGCCGCCGACGUAAUGCGACGGCCCGUCCACCUCGAGCACGACAUCGUGCUCGGGCAAAUACACGUCUAGCGAGAACAGCUCGUCGUCGGUCAAGACCUCGAUCUCGUGCUGGACGCGGAGCUCCGCGAGCGUCGCGGACGCGGAGAGAUGCAGCCGCGACACGUCGACGUCGUCGAGGACGUUUUUUCGCCACUCCGCCUUCGCGUCGCUCUGGAUCCACGCCGGGUAGUUGGCCCUCGCGGCGCGCAGAAGCGCUCGCAUCUCGCCGCCGCCGCCGCCGUCGUCGCCGUCGUCGCCGUCGUCGUCGUCGUCGCCGUCGUCGCCGUCGUCGCGCGCCUCGAGGAGCUCCGCGUGGAUCAUGCUCGCGUGGAAGA